AUGACCAACAGCGACGCCGUUGAAGCACCCACAAGCCCGCCCAACUCCGCACUCGAACAUCGCCAUGGCGCUGACUCGCCACGCCAUGGCACCGGCCCUAAUCCGCCUCCGCUCGACGUCAAGGCGCUUACCGAUCGCGCAUUGCACUUCUUGGCAACCGCCAGCAAUGAAACCCUCGGGGCCUGCCUCGCUGGACUGGGCGCGGGCACCUAUCUCAUACUAGGCCGCGUCGGUUUGGUUCUCAUAGGCGUGGUGGGCGGCGUAGUUCUGCACGCAACAUGGGAGGGCCACCACGGCCAGAGCCUGAGCACACAGGGAAAGGGUGCUGACGCCAGGAAGCGCGAGCUGGGCGCUGACAUAGCCCAGCGCGUCCUCGACUGGCGGAACUCGCAGGCCCACGACGACAAGACGCAGCAGCAUGACAGCUACGACCUCAAUGUGCAACUGUACUCGGGCAAGAGGCUCGACUACUCCGAUUUCAAGCCAGAGACGGCCGCGGCGCUGACGGAGCUGACGGAUGCAGUCAUUCGUGACUAUGUCAAGGAGUGGUACUCGCCCCUACUGCCCAGCGAGGAGUCUUUCCCAGACUCGUGCCGCCAGACCUUGACCGCCUUUAUACUCUCCACGUCUGCGCACCUCUCCCGUAAAAGACCAGCCGACAACUUGGUUGACUUUGUGACGCGUUCCUCGUCCUUUAUCAUUAUACUGCUCCAAGAGAUUGCCACUGCCAUACAAACCUCGCCCGGCGAUGCCCCCACCGAAGCAGUCGACAUAUACCUCAAGAUGAAGCGGGACAGCACCCUCGCCAACAUCCUCGAUCCAGAUUACCAGAUGAAGCAGUUCAGUAUCGCUGCCGAAGACAUACUGCAGAACUACCUGGAGCCCAAGACGUACAAUUGCAUGCCAGCACGUAUCUUUUUGCACCAAAUAUUGGCCAAGCUGGUUCUAGAAACAUUGGUUGUGAGCUGUUCCAAGCCAGAGUCGAUCAACGGAUGGAUCGUCUAUCUAUUGGAAGCAGGCGAACCCGAGCUUCUGAAUGCCAUUGACGCAGGCGUCGAGGGCUCCUCGGGACAGCUGCAAAGUGGCACAAUGGAUGCAGGAAAGGGACUAGAUAGUCGCGAUGCAGCGGCCAUAGCUGAAAAGAAGGAGCACAAACGUGUCAUGAGUAAAGCCCAGGAAGCCAUGGACGAUGCUAUGCGGGAAGCCCGGAUCUUGAGCCAGAUGAUUGCUGAGGAGGAUGCCAGACGACUCCAGGAGCAGCAAAAGCAGAGCGCAUCCACUUCGACGCUGAAUGACGACCAGUCCGAAAGCACCACUCAAGGCAUCGUCACCCCAUCUUCUUCAGAGAGUGACGCACAUGCCGACAUUGAGGCCACAGACUUGGGCAUUUCAGGUCUCUCAGCUGCAUCAAGUUCAGGCAUCACACCGUUGUCUCCAACAAAGUCUGUGGACGAGUCUGUAAAGGAAGAGGAGACCAAAAAGGCUUUUACAAGCUUCGACCAGCUUGCGCUACCCCAAGGACCAACAGCCCUUAUGGAUAACCCACCAACUGCUGAGAGGCCGCCUCCGUUGACAUUGUAUAAUAGCACAAUGUCAAUCUUUGACGAUAGCAUGCCUGGAGAAAAGGGCAAUAUCAAGAGCAAACCAACCGCCGAAUACUUGAUUCAAAUCGAGCCGAAAUCCAGCCACCACACGGGUUGGAUGACAGCACGAAAAUACAGCGAGUUUGAGACUCUACACGAAGUCAUGCGCCGCAUAGCAACAAUUACCGGGACCGUUGGCUUCACCGAAGCACAUCCCUCAUUGCCAGGCUGGAAAGGCCAUACCAAAGCAUCUCUGCGUGGAGAACUCGAGCGCUAUCUCAACCAUGCUGUGCAGUACCAGCCGCUUGCUGAAAGCGAGGGUAUGAAGCGGUUUUUAGACAAAGAGCUUGGCUCUGGGAAGACUCCCGGCAGUGGCUUCCCUGGUAUGAACUGGGCUGGCCAAACCUUUGACACAGUAGGCAAAGGUAUGCUGGGGGCACUGACGAAGGCACCCAAGGAGGUUGCUGGUGGCGGUAAGGCGCUUUUCGGUGGAGUCACUGGGGUUUUGAGCAGUGUGGCAGCGCCAUUGGGAGGAAGAAAGAAUCGGGACUCGGUCAUCAAUACUACCAACAACACUACGACCUCUGGAAGCCCUGCCCUCAGUCGGACUUCAACUUCAACUUCGACAGCACCUAUUCAGACACGACAGAACAGGGCGGAAUCGAUAGUCUCAGAGCUACCCACACACAUUCGAUCAGAAAGCACCUUGUCUCUAGCAAAUAAACGCGCAUCCAUGGAGUCAGUGCGUGAUCCAAAUUCUCCUGUUAUUGAUCAGCAACCGGCACGGGAAGCUCCAAUGGAACGGCGACCCUCUUCCAACCCUGAUGGAGAUGGUAAACGCUCUGGCAGGUCAUCGAGAUAUGGCUCAAGAAGCAACAGCCGGGCGCCAAGUACGCACAAGGUUGAAGAGCUCAGCCCCAUGAUGGGCGGAGACCAAAUUCUGAAUCUCCCGCCCAUGCCCAGCGAGAUCUCAGACGACUACAACACACCAGGCAACCCCACAGAUCUCAUGCACAACCGAAAGCCAUCCCGCACAUCCAUGGACUCGGUGCCUUCUAUUCCCCGCCGUACCUCUACCACAUCCCUCACCGCAUCAUCCCCCACAAAAUCCGCACUCAAGUCCCGCACAGCCCCCGCAUACACACCUCUCUCCGAAACCGAAACCACCGUCGUAAUCGAACUCUUCUUCGCAGUCAUAAACGAACUCUACACGCUAUCCUCCGCCUGGACACUCCGCCGCACCCUACUCAACGCCGCAAAAACCUACCUCCUUCGUCCAGGAAACCCACAGCUCUCCUCCAUUACCUCCCUCUUGCAAACCACCGUCCUCGACGGCAACACGUCCGACGCCGGCCUCGCAUACCACAUCCGCAAGGUCCGCGAGAACGCCAUGCCGACCAAGGACGAGCGCGAGAACUGGUCUGCACAAUUGUCAGAUGAGGAUAAGGAGAAGCUUAGAAUCAAGGCAAGGAGACUCCUUGUCGAAAGAGGAAUACCGCAGGCCCUUACUAGCGUCAUGGGCCAGGCCGCCAGCGGCGAGGCCUUGGGUAAAGUCUUUGACUGUCUACAGGAACCCAGAGUCGCCAGAGGCAUCAUGUUUGGCUUGGUAUUACAAGGUCUGAGGGCUUUGACGCAAUAA